UAGGACAUUCAUUCUUUUUAAGUAUCACCUCUCAAAAGGAAAAAAAUGGAGUAAAAUAGUAAUGCUGUUUUGUUGUUAUAGGUAGCAAUUUGAAACAUGAAGACUACGAUUCUACUGUUCUGUCUUCUAGGAUCAACUCAGUCAUUACCGCAGCUCAACCCUGCUUUGGGACUUUCUGCAGCAAAGCUUGUUCCGGAUCAAGCAACACUACUAAACCAACAGCAGCCAAAUCAGGUCUUCCCUUCUUUGAGUCUAAUACCACUGACCCAGCUGCUCACACUGGGGUCAGAUCUGCAACAGCUAAAUCCUGCUACAGGAAUGGCACCUGGUACCCAGACCUUCCCACUGAACUUGGGCGGGUUGACCAUAAAACAGCAGCUGCAAUCACAAGUAAGUUCAACAACUAGCCAUCAGAUUACCAUUAAGGAGUAUUUUCUCUCAGGUGAAAGUCUAAAGAAGGGGAAGAAUUUUUUCAGACUUCUUUUAAAUUUUACCCAGACAACAUGCAAUGUCCUACCAGAAGUAGAACAGUCUUUGGCAAUUUGGUUCUUGCUGAAACUCUGUGAAAACACACUCAGAAAACGGGGCAUGCUACCCCAUAACCUCUCUAGAAUACACCCUCCCACCCUUCCACUUCCCAUAGAGAAUGACUUAUUCUCUGCCAGAACCCUGGGUGUUUGUCUUCAGAUCUCAUUUAUCAAGUCAACGCCAACAUGGUUAAGAGUCAACUCUAGAACCUCGCAGCCUCUGGUCAACUUCCAGCUCUGUACUUACUAUGUGAUACUGGCCAAGUUACUUAACCACUCAGUGGCUUACUUCCUAAUCCUUAAAAUGGGAGUUAAAGUAGAACCUACCUCUAGAGCUGUCAUAAGGAUUAAACGACUGUUACCAAUUAUUGUAGCACAGCUUGGAGCCCAGGGUGCUAUCCUAAGCUCAGAGGAAUUGCCAAUGGCCCCACAAAUCUUUGCAGGCCUCCUCAUUCAGCCCUUGUUCCCAGGAGCCAUCCUGCCUACCAGUCUGGCAGGGGCUACUCCAGAGGUCCAGGAGGGAAUCCUUCCUGCAGGACAAGCCGGAUUAAAUCCUGCCAUCCAGAGAACCCCAGAAAAGCACCCCUCCACUUCCAGUGACACAGACUCUGUGUUUGGAGUGACCACCCCUGCUGGCCUCCAACGGGGCAUGCGCACCACCGGGGAAACCACCACAGAGUCACCAAAUGAUGAGCCUCAGAACCUUCUUUAUGUAGUACUACAACCAGACACUAGUAAUAGACUGGAAUUAGCGCAAUAG